CCUUUCCCUCUCAAAUCCAAAAAAACGACCAACCAAAAUUUUCCAAAUACCAUUUUUGCCAAAAAUAUGAAAUCAAGAACAAUUUCAUUAACUAUAUCUAUAGGCAUUGCCAUAAUGGCCAUUUUAGCAUCCAAAGCUCUAUUUGACACACAUCCUAGAGCCUUCAUGCACAAUGUUCUGCAUACAAUCAAAGCUAUAUCAUAUUCAGCUAUAACUUCCGUUUACAGCCACCACCACCAUCAUCAUCAUCACCACCAUCGAAAACCAUCUGAUACCAAAAAGAAAGUUGAUAUAUGCGACGAUUUCCCCAAAAAUAUACCUCCACCGGACACCGACACGACGUCCUAUCUCUGCGUCGAUAAGAAAGGCUGCUGCAAUUUCACGACCGUGCAAUCAGCCGUGGACGCAAUCGGAAACUUUAGCCAGAAAAGAAACGUGAUAUGGAUCAACUCUGGCAUGUACUAUGAAAAAGUGGUGAUUCCGAAGACUAAGCCAAAUAUCACGUUACAAGGACAAGGGUUCGACACGACAGCCAUAGCUUGGAACGAUACGGCCUACUCGGCUAACGGCACUUUUUAUUGUGCCACGGUCCAAGUUUUUGGUUCUCAGUUCGUCGCUAAGAACAUUAGUUUCAUGAACGUGGCUCCUAUACCGAAGCCUGGAGAUGUAGGAGCUCAGGCGGUGGCGAUAAGAAUCGGGGGAGAUCAAUCUGCGUUUUUGGGAUGUGGUUUCUUUGGAGCUCAAGACACUCUUCAUGACGAUAGAGGUCGUCAUUACUUCAAGAAUUGCUACAUUCAAGGCUCCAUUGACUUCAUCUUCGGCAACGCUAAAUCUCUCUACCAGGACUGUCAAAUAAUAUCAAUGGCGAACCAAGUGAGCCCAGGGUCAAAGUCGGUCAACGGAGCCGUGACUGCUAAUGGCCGUAACUCAAAGGAUGAGAACAGUGGCUUUGCCUUCGUCAACUGCACAAUAGGCGGCACUGGACAUGUGUGGCUAGGUCGUGCAUGGAGACCUUACUCACGUGUCAUCUUUGUUUCCACUUAUAUGACCGAUGUCAUAGCACCCGAAGGCUGGAACAACUUCAACGAUCCCUCUAGAGAUGCGACAAUAUUCUAUGGAGAGUAUAAUUGUUCGGGACCAGGAGCUGAUGUUUCGAAAAGGGCACCGUAUGUUCAGAAGCUGAAUGACACUCAAGUUGCUCAGUUCAUUAACAUGACUUUUAUUGAUGGAGACCAGUGGUUACAAUUAUCUGAUCUUUAAUUAGAUAAUUGUAAAGAUAAUUUAUUGAUGGAGACCAGUGGUUACAAUUAUCUAACUUUAUUGUUUAUAACAGUACAGUAACAAAUUGUGUUUACGGGAUUGAAAUAAUAAU